AUGGAAUUCCUGUCCCAGAUCUGGAUCGUCGUUGACGCGGAAGAUACACAAGCUCUGGAGCGGAUGUCCAGGGCGGAGCAUGACAGAGGGGUCAGGGGUCAGAGUUUCACAGCCUAUCUAAAGAAAGGUUCAGAAAGUGAGAGGAGGAACCACACAGAUUCUGCACAGACAAAUGAUAUCAGUCAGCCAAACUCAAUGAUCACUGCUGAUGUUGGUGAUAACGUGACUCUACACUGCUUUAAACUGCUAGAACAUGACACCAGAGGAAUUGUUUGGUACAAGCAAAAAGUAGGACAGGAGCCUCGUGUAAUUGUCACAGUUCAUCACCAACCCAAUUUUGAAGAUGAGUUCAAGUCACCAAGAUUCAGGAUCAAGAAAGAAGAAACGAGAUUCCAUUUAAAAAUAGCGAAUGUGGAAAAAUCAGACGAAGCCAUGUAUUACUGUGGACUUAGAGAUUUUUUAACAAGGUUUGGAAAUGGAACAUUUUUAUCAGUGAAAGGUGAUGGAGAUGUAAAAGUGUCAGUGAUCCAGAGCGGCGUGUUGGACUCGGUUCCUGCAGGAGCGUCAGUGACUCUGCAGUGCUCGGUUCUCUCUGAGAGCAGAGCAGCAGAACACCAAGUGCUCUGGUUCAGAGCUGCUCCACCACAAUCCCAUCCUCAAAUCAUUUACACUCAUCACAACAGCAGCCGUCAGUGUGAGAGCGGCUCUUCUACACACACCUGUGUGUACGACUUCUCCAAGAACAUCCUCAGCAUCAAUGAUACUGGAACUUACUACUGCGCUGUGGCCAUGUGUGGGAAGAUCAUUUUUGGGAACGGGACUCGAGUACAGUUGGAGAGAUCUGCCGUGGAUCCUGUAGUGAUCUGUCUCGCUGGAGCUUUGGGAGUGUGUGUGGUUGUGAUCUUUGCUUUGAUCUUUAUCAUAACCUGUAAAGGAAGAAACAGAGUGAGAUUAAAACACGGUUCUGUGACAGACAAGACCCUCAAUCAGGACUGUGACACUGUGGAGCUGAAUUACGCUGCCUUACAUUUCAGUGAGAGGAGAGCCAAAAGAGGAAGAGUAAAGAAACAACAACCUCAAGAUACUAUAUAUACUGAUGUACAAUAUAAUUCUGUAACUUAG